GGCUGGGGCGGGCCCGGCCCUGCGGCCUCCCGCGGCGUCUCCCGGCAACGCGGCGGACGCGGGCAUGGCCUCCAAGGCGGGCAGGAGGAAGGAGCCCCCCAGCCGCUCCAGCGUCUCCCCCAAAAUUGUAUUUCCUAGGCCUACUCUGCCUUCUGAUGGGAAGUGGAGAUUUCCUAUUUGGCCAGAAUGGAAUGAUGAAGAUAUCAGUGCAGAAAAAUGGGAUACUGGAAAAGCUGGAAAAGAAAAACCAGGAAAAGGUCAAAUUUCACCUGAAUUUGAUGAUCCUGAAGGGAAAAUAAAGUUGCCAGCAUCCUUAAAAGUACAUUCAUGGAAACGUCCACAAGAGUUUUUAGCAAAAGAGGUUCCUGUGAUAGUCCAAAAUGAAACUUCAUUUGACCUUGUUUCAGCAAAUGAGCACAUAUUUUGUUGUGAGCUGAUGAGAUGGAUUGUAAGUGAAAUAUAUGCUGUCUGGAGGAUAUAUAAUGAAAACUCCUUGAAUAGUGAAACACCCACACUUGUUUGGAAACCUUGGGAUCACAUUUAUACCUCAUGUAAAACUCCCCCAGAACAUGUACCACUGUACAAUAAAUUUGGAAAAUAUAUGUUGAAGCUUUAUUGGAUGGGGUGUUGGAGAAAGGUCAUUGUGGAUGACACUAUGCCCUUCAAUGAAGAGGAGAAUUUGUUAUUGCCAGCUACAACCUGCCAAAAUGAACUUUGGCCAAUGUUGCUGUCCAAAGCUAUCAUUAAGUUAGCAAAUACUAGUAUACAUGAAACUGGAAAAAGAGAGAUGGAGGAAUUUACAGUUCUACAAACACUGACUGGAUGGAUUCCAGAAGUUAUUCCUCUCCAGCCUGAAUACUUGGACAAAGUUUGGGGCUUUUUGAAGGAGAUUGUGCCAGAAUUCAAGUUGCCAGAGAAGAAGGCCCCAGAACUUGAGAUUACUGAGGAUGACACAAAAGCUGAAGAAACCAAAGACUCAGAGUUAAAAAAUGGACUUUCACCUACAAAAAAAGCAGAUCAGAAAAAAGUAGGAAAGAAAAAAAAAGGAGGAGAGAAAGAAAAAAGCAAGGUAGCACUUCAGUCUCCAGAAAAGUUGGCAAAAGCCCAAGGCCUUCAGGAUGAAACUGAAAAUUCGCCCCCACCAACCCAGCCAGAAAUGGUUGCAUACGCUGGCUGUACACCGCUGCAUUUGUUUGAAGAGGAUAUUUUUUCAUUAACACGAAUGGCUGAUUCUUCAGAGAAGAUGAGGCAAUAUGGGCUUUCCCAUAUACACAGCCAUCCUGUCCUGAUCACUAGAACUAGGUCCUGUCCUCUGGUAGCACCGCCAGAACCACCACCACUUCCUCCGUGGAAGCUUUUCCGUCAGAAAAAGCAAGUUGUUGUGACAUCUGAACCCCAAGAGCCCGUGGUAGAGAAACCUGAAAAAUAUGUUGAGAUCGCUAGCCUAUUUUUUAAAUACAAAUUGAAUAUUAUCAAAAUACCAACAGACACCCACUUUCCACAGUCUACCCUCAAAAGAGGAUUUCAUUCUAUAACCCGUCUCGCUUCUGUUACUGAAACCGACGAAAGUGACAGUAAUGGGGAUAUGAAUCAAAAUAGGAGACACUCAAAUGCAGAUUAUUCUCAGGAGACCAUUUCCAUGUUGCAACAAAAUGCAGAAGAACAUGACAAUAUCAGUCUAGAUGCAAAACAAAUGUCAGAAACAGCUGAUACUGAUAUGAAGAGCCAGACAGGGGCUAAAUCAAAGGAUGAAACAGCAUCAGAAAAUAUUUCAGUUUCCAAGGAAACCUGGAUUACCUUUGAAGACUUCUGUGUUUGUUUCCAGAACCUAUAUGUUUUCCACAAGCCCCAUACAUAUGCCUAUAAUUAUGAGAAAACAAGUUUUAAGUGUUCUGGUGAGGAAGUCUUCUAUUAUUUACUUGUGGACAGCCUGAUGCCCAUUGAAAUCCUGGUUAGCUUUUCUGCAUUAGUACACUGGUAUGCUACUGAAGAUACUAAACAAGAACAUUCAACGGGUGUGCUGAGGGUAGAAUAUUUCUCUUGGAAAUCUGUGACUCCUGGAGAACUUGUGUUAAAGAUGCAUACAUCUGCAACCAAAGCUAAUGUGGUAAAUCUUCCAGUUGGGCGGCACAUCCUGCUCUUCAGAGUAACUUGUCCGAUAGGACACCACAUUCAUCUGUGUACCAUGGUGCCAUGUGUCUUUGGAGAAGAGGAUGCUGUGAUUCCAGCUCUUCAGAAGGAGAGUUCUCGAUUUAUAGAACAGGCUACAGCUAUCCUGAAAGCUGUUGGAAAUGUGAUAAAUAAUUUCAGCAAUAAGGAUGAACUUCCUAAAGCCUUGAAGGAGUUGGAAGUAGCUCAUUGUCCUCCUGGCCUCCAUGAUACUAAAACAACUAAAGAAAAUGUCAAGGUUUUCAAUGAUGCAUUUUGGUAUUUGAUCGAAUGUGUAUUAGACAAGAAGGAUCUUUACAGAUAUAAAUUUGCCUUCAGGUCCUUCACUUUGGUUUUUAAAGACGAUAUUUCUGAGCGUGACACUGUGUUUUCAGGCAGCUACAGCACUUCCAGCUUUGUUGAUGUUACUAGUUCUUCCGUUCCUUCAGAGAGCAGUGAGGAGAAAUCCCUUAGUGGUUGGGAGAAUCGAACUCCCACAUCUGAAGAAGAAGCAGCAGCUCUCAAAAUUCAAGCCAUCUGGAGAGGGUUCUAUAUUAGGAAAAUACUGAAGAGCAGAGAACCAGGUACUAAAGAAAACACUGAUGUUGAAGAAACUUUGAAAAACCUGUGGACUAUGAUUGAUUUAAAUUUUGAACAGUAUGCAAUAAUGUUGUUAAGAGAAAUGUUUAAAAGAAACCGUAAUUCAGCUGAAAAGUUUCCGUGUUAUGAAGAUGAAUGGUGUAAGAUGUAUUUCGUUGACUAUGCAGUAACAUAUGCUGAUCAACCACCAAAUGCAUGGUUUCUGGUUUUCAGGGAAAUAUUUAUUGUCCCAGAAGACAUGCUUAUAUUGACAAAGGUGUUUACCUCUAUCCCUUUCUGUAAACUUCAUGUUUUCAAUAAUGACACAGAGGAGGAAAUGCCACUUGCCUUUUUCAAAGUGCAAUCUCAUGUUUAUCCCAAAAAUAAGAAAGGAUACACUUUUGUGGCUGAGGCACACACUGGUGACCAGCCUGUGCCAGGUGGGAAAUGGAAGCUCCGCUUCAUCAGCUCCCGUAGUACCCUUCCAUUUCUCUCUCGUGAGGCUGUGAAUAGUAGCUAUUCUACCCAGCAAUUUAAGGAGCAUUACAUACCCAACAAGGAGUUCCUACUGUUUAGGUAUUUUGUAAAAGUCACAGCACCACAUACUGCUACAUUGCAGGUACAAACCUCUAAUUCAGAUGUGUUCAUUAAACUGCAAGUCCUAGAUAAUGAGAAGGAAAUUACAAGUGUCAUUGGAAAGGGCAAUGCAGUCAUCCCAGUUUUUAAUUUCUGGAGUAAUCAAUCACUUCUGAGCUCCCAGUUAAAAAACCUACACAUUAUUCGAAGUAGUACAAAGAAGGGAUUGGAAACUGGACACUCAAAAAAAGGCAGUCGUCAUUCAUCAAAGGACAGCAAAUCUUCUUCCAAGACAGACCUUGCACAGGACAGCAAAGCUUCUUCCAAGACAGACCUUGCACAGGACAGCAAAGCUUCUUCCAAGACAGACCUUGUACAGGAACAUGGACUGGUAUUAACAGAUGAAUCUUUAGCCUCAGAAAAUUUUGAAAAUAAUGUUGGAAGUCCACAAAAAUCUUACCAGUAUUCAAUAGAGGCAUUGGUGUUGCAUGAUAGUUGGCCACUUACUGAGAGUGAGUCUUUGCUUGUUCAGGAACUGAAAGAACUGCAGAAAGAUGAAAUUAAAGUAAAAAAGAUUGCAAAUAUUCAUCACUCUACCAAAAGAUUGAAGGAUAAAGCAUUUGAGAAGAUAGAAAAAGAGAAGUCACAUAAAGAAAGAGCAUCACUUGAAUCUCAGCCAGGAGAUUCAAAAGCACCCUACUGGAUUUUACGCAUAGUAAGUGAACAGAAAGAGGCAGACUUUCUGGAGGUGAAGAAAGACACCCGGCGAGUAGAUGCGAUCAGAGCCAUGAAAGAAGCAUGGGAGUCUGCAGAGCCAGGGAGAGCUGUCAAGGCUUUUCAGGAACGUGUACGUUUUAUAAAUAAGUAUGCUGUGAAAGAUUCAGAGGAACCUGAGACUGCUGACUUAACACCUACUUCAGGAGAAGCAGGAAAGCAAGCUCCACAAACAGCUAUUGACUCAAGAUUAAAAACACAGCAAAAAAAAUGGGAGCUUAUAGACCUUAAUCCUUACACAAGAAAAACAAUGUCUGAAUCUGUGCUGAGAAAUGAGUCUAUCAUUCAACAGCAACAGAUACGUCAAGAAGAAAAAAUCAACCAGUUUAGGCAACUUCGCACGCUGGCUUUGGAAGAAAGACAAAAAGAAGAAAAUGAAAGAAUUUUAUUGAAGGAAAAUAUACUUGAAAUGUAUGAGAACCUGCAGGCAUCCUUAGAUGAAGCACGAGGCAGAGUUUACAGCAUUCGGGAAGCAUACAGAAAUCAGCUGCUGGAGGCUGAGCGCAGAAAAGAAGAAGAGCUGGCAGCUCAGGAAGCAGCCCUGCAAGCAGAGCGAAAGAAGAAAAAUGCAGAAAAAAAGAAAAAACAGUAAAGGUUUAGCAAAAAAAUAGUUGCUGUCACUCAUUAAUUGUAUUUAACAGUUUGGGAAAGAAAGUUCAUAUGCAAAAAUGAGAAAAAGUGUUUAUUAUUUUCAAGUAUUUUUGGCAACUAUAUCACAUUUUAUCUCUUUGCCUGUUGCUAGUGAAAAAAUCGAUCUAGUAUUAUUUUUAGCAAAAUGCUUGGUAUUUUGCUUCUCAAAAAACUAGUUGCUACUAUUAAAGUUUUUAUGUUUACUGGAGUAACUUUUGCAAUAAAAUUCAUAUUCCAUUCUGACUCUUCUCCCAG